AUGGGGGAUAAAAUCGAAAAACUGGUGAAGAAAAACAAACCGAAAUCCAAACCGAUGAAAACUCCGAAGAAAAAGAAAGAUGAUACGAUAGAAGAAGAUGAGGAGCCGAAGGAAGUUCCAUCGAAGGAAGUACCGAUGUCGAAGGAACCAACAACUGGUGGAGUCAGAGACUUUUUGAAGGAAUCCGUGAAGAAGUUGACUAGUCGAGAGCCUAAAAAUGUGAAGAUGAAAUCGAAGGAGAAGGACAAGGAUAAAACGUCGAGAGAGAAGAAAACGUUGCCUUCGGCUGAAAAAACGGAACGGGAGACAGGCUCGACAAAGAUCAUUCUAGCGUGCAGAGGACUUUGUAAAUAUUUGUUAGAUAUGAAAAAAUCGAGUUUGAGCACCUACUUCGACGAACGUCUCGCUAAAUAUGCUCCACCGAGUCAGACAUUCGUGGAAUGGGAAAAGAAUAUGUCAAAGAACCGUUCGAAAGAGUACAAAAUGAACGAUAGUGGUCGUGUUCACAUUGAUGUGGCUGGAAAGGAUUCGUACAUAAAUGCGAGUCACAUCAAAUUUGAUUCAUCCUGUCAAGAGUAUAUCCUGACCCAAUAUCCACUGAAAGAAACGAUACAUGACUUUUGGAGGAUGAUAUCGCAGAAGAGAGUUUCACGGAUCAUCACAAUGUUCGAACCGUUCAGUGACGAGGCGAUUGAAGAGUUCAACAAGAUUCCAAGUACUGUAUCUCCAGCACCAACGUCUACUCCAGAUUCGGUUUCUACGGGUACUCCAGUGAGUGUGUCACAAAAAUCUCAGACCAGAGAUCAAAUUAUUGGUACUUCCAUUCGAUGCGAAACGACCCAAAUCAAAUCCUUCUUUCCUCUUUUCACCGAUCACUACAUGAAUCUUGACAAUUGGUUGAUCAAUACACGAAAAGUCGAGGUGGAUGAAAGAAACAAACAUUGGAUGAACAUGUAUACGGUAGAAAUUGUGGCAGCUGAGUGUAGUGAGGCAAACUAUAUUCGGGUGUUCAAUUGUACGACGUGGCCAUGGAAGAAGGUUCCAAAUGAGGAGAAAAAACUACUAGCUCUGGCUAGAGCUCCUUAUAAAGAUAGCGGGUCAUUGAUUGCGAAAGCUGACAAAUCGGAACCAAUAGUUGUGAUGUGUGAUUUGGGACUUGAUCGAUCUGCAACCGUCAUCCUCACUUCUGUCAUAAUUGAACUUGUUCUUGCUGGAAAAACGCCAGAUUGUGAUGCUCUGUUCAAAAAGAUGCGUGAUCAACGAUCGAACGUCUUCACAAUGAGCAUGUUCUUCACGUAUGCCAUUCGAGCGGCUCUUGUCUAUUUGAGAAUGAAGCUGAAAUUAGUGAACGACCCAAUGAGCGAAGAAGUGAAAGCUAUGAUCAAUGAAGCUCUAGCCACGGUGCCAUUCAUAUCGAACCCAAAGAAAUAG